GCACAUGUGUUACUUAAUAAAGAUGUCGGGUUAGCCAUGUAGAGCAUCUUAGUAAACUUGUAAUUAAUAUCGAGGCGUUCAAAGAUUAUUCGUUAUAGUCAGGUAACGGUAACUGCUAGUGGCACGGAAUGAGCGAAAUCACUGUCACUCCUCUUGGCGCAGGUCAAGAUGUGGGUCGGAGUUGCAUUCUUGUAAGCAUCGGGGGCAAGAAUGUCAUGCUCGACUGCGGCAUGCAUAUGGGGUUCCAGGAUGAGCGGCGCUUUCCAGACUUUUCUUACAUCAACAACGGCGGUUCUCUCGAUGAUUUCAUUGACUGUGUGAUCAUUUCGCACUUCCACCUCGAUCAUUGCGGAGCACUGCCAUACAUGAGCGAGAUGAUUGGAUAUAGCGGUCCAAUUUACAUGACACAUCCGACUAAAGCGAUUUGUCCUAUUCUGCUGGAAGAUUUUCGCAAGAUUUCUGUUGACAAAAAGGGUGAACAACACUUUUUUACAUCCGGGAUGAUCAAGGACUGCAUGAAGAAGGUGAUUGCGUGCAAUCUGCACGAAACUAUACGGGUGGACGCCGACAUGGAGAUAAAAGCUUACUACGCAGGACAUGUAUUGGGAGCCGCCAUGUUCCAUGUUCGUGUUGGACAUCUUAGCCUCGUUUACACUGGGGACUACAACAUGACCCCUGAUCGACAUUUGGGUGCGGCUUGGAUUGAUAGGUGUCGACCGGAUUUGUUGAUCACCGAGUCAACAUAUGCAACAACCAUUCGAGACUCGAAACGUUGCCGUGAAAGGGACUUUCUUUCAAAAGUUCAUGACUGCAUCGAUAGAGGCGGUAAGGUUUUGAUACCUGCAUUUGCACUAGGCCGCGCCCAAGAGCUGUGCAUUUUGCUAGAAACAUACUGGGAGCGCAUGAACCUCAAAUGCCCUAUCUACUUUGCCGCCGGUUUAACAGAAAAAGCAACCAAUUAUUACAAAAUGUUUAUCACUUGGACUAACCAGAAAAUCCGAAACACGUUUGUGGAUCACAACAUGUUCGACUUCAAGCACAUCAAGCCGUUCGAUAGAGCCUUCAUUGAUAAUCCAGGUCCGAUGGUUGUUUUUGCUACACCAGGAAUGCUUCACGCUGGUUUGUCAUUACAAAUCUUUAAAAAAUGGGCUCCAUUUGAGGAGAAUAUGGUGAUCAUGCCUGGCUACUGCGUAUCUGGCACAGUAGGAGCCAAGAUACUUAACGGGGCUCGGCGAGUCGAAAUCGAUAAAGGAAACUUUAUCGAGGUGAAGCUAUCCGUGGAGUACCUGUCAUUUUCAGCGCACGCUGACGCCAAGGGCAUUAUGCAACUAAUCCGGCAAUCCGAGCCGCGCAAUGUGAUGCUUGUGCACGGUGAAGGCGAUAAAAUGAAGUUCUUAAAAGGCAAAAUCGAAGAGGAAUUCCAUCUCGACUGCUACAUGCCUGCCAACGGUGAAACGUCAAUAAUCCCUGUUCCGGAACGGAUCACGCUGGACGCAGAUUUACCAUUGCUAAAGCGGGCCCUUCCACCUGCCGAACUACAAAUAGCUACCAAAAGGCCUAAAUUGAUUACGGGGGCUAUUUUUAUGUAUGACAACGUCAUGAAGCUGGUCGAACCUGAAACCGCUCUCGUGGAAUUGGGUGUCAAAGAACACCAGAUACGCUUUACAACAACAAUCUCGAUUCCAGAAUCGUUCCGGGGUUCAACGGGACGUCUGACGGAGGUUGUUCAGGAACUGAUUCGUGAGCGAGUAGCGUCCCAGGAAAAAGAGUCUCUCCAAACUUUACAGGACGGUUCGCUGUCACUAGGUUCAGCUCUUGUGCGAGUUUCCGGUUACGAGGAUGAUAUGAAGUCUGUAUGCGUGUCCUGGGCCAACCACGACGAAGAUUUAGGGACGCAACUUGUGUCACUGGUGCAAGAAGCCGUUUGCGUUGUCUAAGCUUCAAAUGACUCAUUCUCCAGUGGUUUAUUCUGUAUAGGUCCACUUUGUAUCAUGUAAUGGCUUCGUUUUGGCGGUGAUAGAAAACACAAGCCCGUCAAUGAGUUUAAUAUUUUCGAAAUUGUACAUAAGUGGCUUUUUAUUUAUAUACGAUUUGAGUAACGCGAUACUCGAAAUGUGCGUGAACAGAAAGUUGUCAAACAUAAAAGAUGUAAAUAAAUUGUUACGUGAUCGUAAAACAGAAUGUGAAACCUGUUUGUGUGCGAUCUCUCAUGCCACGACACACCGGGCAGCUUUAUUCGUGGAGAGGAUAUUUGUGUGCAAAGUAGAUACUUAGCUUUCUAUGAAAAUUUCUGCCGUUAUUCCUCUAGGUAUUUUUAGAGCAAGUAGAUGAACUGGGGACGUUGUUCAUAAGCAACCUAGAACAUAAAAUUAUUAGUUUUUACCUUUUAGUUAUUAGUUCACUAUUUUUUUUAAGGUUUUGAAACAUGAUUAGGCAUUACGCUAUAAGUAACAGGGUAUAAUCUAUUUACCUUAGUAUAUAACUAAAGAUUAUGUAAGGCCAGUAUAGUUCAUAGGAUUCUUUAUAGAAUUAGGAAGCAGAAUGCAUUAAACACGCUUCGACGCAAAGAUUAAACUUUCCAGUCGCAAAGCAAUUGGUCGAUGGUUCAAACUUUAUGGUGGGACAUAUGUAUAUGUGACGCUCGUAGUUCAUGUAUCAUUUAUCGAAACGCCAUUUCAUCUAAUAAAGAGCACUUUCUAGGUGGAACAAGAACGAAUAUAAGAUAAAAAUCGCGUGCAUAUUAAUAAAGAAAUUAAGGAUCAAGAAACUCAUAUAUACCAGUUUUUACACAAAAAAUUGAGCACCGCUUGAUAAAAUGUAAACUAUUAGUUUGCUAGGCUGCCUGAUGGCAUAAACGCGUCUUGUGCAGGCUGGACCGGAAUAAGCAGAGAGGGGAUAUUUACAACAUAAAUAUAUACGAAUAAGUGAAUCGAGAAUAAGAUGAUAAUAGGGAUAAAUGUGAAAGAAAGUUAAAUCCAAUAUAACUGUAAAACAAUUAUUAUUUUAAAACAAAUGAACGUGGUUAGGACAAUAAAGAAGACACAACUUUAAUACGGAAAAGUUGGUGAGGAUAGUAGUAGUAGUUUGGAACAGAGUUUUUAAGCAAGAUAUCGUGCGCUAGCUUAACAUCACCUCAAAAAGAAACUGUUAAAAGUUUAUUUAUUAU